AUGUACUCUAUCUUACCUAAUGAACUUGUUCUCAAUAUCCUUCGCUAUGUUCUUAAAGGAACAAGUUUUGACGAUUUUAAAAAGUUGCGAAGAACUUGUAAGCAAUGGAAUGACCUAAUCGCUGUCGCAAUUAACGAUGAAAUAUCUCAAUCUUUCGAACAUGGUUGGAGAAUUUGUAUAUUUUCAUCUUGCCAGCCACCAGGUCAAGAUGAAGCCUACGAAAUAAGUCAUCCAACUUACAAUAAUUUAAAAGGGGAAUUUGUAUUUACCAAAUUUCCUACCGAUUAUAAAUCGAUUCUUUAUUGGCCUUUAGAAAUUUGGUUAAAUUAUGAUAAAUUUUGCGUAUCCUCCUUUUCAAUUAAACAUGAUGAUUAUUCGAUAAAAAAAGGAAAUAUUAUUCAAUAUAUUGAUGAAUUUUGGAAUAUUAGUGUAGAAUUAUUAGAAAAAGAUUCUAAAUUUAAAAUCAUUGAUUGGAAAGUUAAGGACGAAAAGAUUUUUAAGGCUUUAACUAUCUAUUUAAAUUUUAAAUCGUCAAUUUAUAACAAAAAUGAUUUCAAAAUUCUUCUUUGCACUAUUUCUAAUUUUUAUAAUUUUCCUGAACGUUACUAUACGAUCAAAUCCAAUCCCGAAUUAUUAGUGAAAAAUGAAGAAAACAGAGAUUCGAGAAUAUUGGUAGCCAGGCAGCAUAUUAUACAAACUCAAAUUUCAUAUCAAACAAUAAUAGAAAAUCCGUCGUCACCUUCUGCCAUUGGAGCACCUACCACAACCACAUCUUUAGUCAUAUAUGCUACUUCAGCAACUGCAUCUUUAAUCAUAUCUACUACUUCAACUGCGCCUUUAGCCAUUGUUACGACUGCAUCUUUAGUCGGACCUGCUAGUGCAACUGCAUCUUUAAUCAUAUCUACUACUUCAACUGCGCCUUUAUCCAUUGUUACGACUGCAUCUUUAGUCGGACCUGCUAGUGUAACUGCAUCUUCAGUUGAGCCUGCUGCUACGACUGCACCUUCAGGGGAACCUGCUACUACAACUGCACCUUCAGAGGAACCUGCUGCUGCAACUGCACCUGCUACUACAACCGCACCUUCAGAGGAACCUACUGCUACAACAACUGCGUCUUCAGAGGAACCUGCUGCUACAACAACUGAGUCAUCAGAGGAACCUGCUGCUACAACAACUGAGUCUUCAGAGGAACCUGCUGCUACAACAGCAUCUUCAGAGGAACCUGCUGCUACUGAAGAUUGUGGUGAAUGUUGA